AUGAACUUGACUUAAACUAAUAAUCAAAAGAAACCAAAGCCUAAAUUAUAGUUAGAUGUAAAGGUGGCUGAUGUGUAACCUGAAAGCACUCAUUCCUCUGAUGGGUGGAAAUUUUAAACUGAUAUAUUUUUCAAUGAGCCAAUGUUUUAUUAUAUUUAUUAAAGUUAGUGAUUAGUCCUUGUAAUUUAUGCAUAAUGGUAAAACAGUAGCAGAUGUAGCCUAAUUGAAAUGUGGCAGAAAAUAUUAGGAAGAUAGAGUAUAUUGAUUCUUUUAAUUGAAGUUUGUCGCAAUUCCCAAUCUCAAUAAGAACUAAAAAAAUUAAUUUUUUUAUGCUGUAUAUGAUGGACAUGCAGGACAUUCUGUUUCAGUUAUUCUUGAGAAUUAACUUCAUGAAUAUUUAUAGUAGGAUUGCGAUUUCGAAGAUAAUUUAGAGAAAGCCAUUAUAAAUAGUUUUGAGAAAAUGAAUCAAUACAUCUUGAAUUGUUAAGACGAGAAUCAGAAUUUAGGGGGUUCAACAGCACUUUGUGUUAUCAAUAAUAAUAAAGAUCUUUAUGUAGUGAAUCUUGGAGAUUCAGCAUGUGUUUUGAUCACAGAAGAUAAAAAAAUAGAAAAAUUAAAUUUAGAACAUAAAUUAAAUAGAGAAGAUGAAUUCAAAAGAGUAGAAUAAAUAGCUACUAUUUUGGAUAGACAGUAAAAUAUAUAAUUAAAAUUAAAAUAGUUCUAUUCCACGAAUAAAUGGAGAACUUGCAGUAACAAGGGCUUUUGGAGAUAAGAAACAUAGAUAAUCUGGUCUAAUUGCAAUUCCUGAGAUUAUGAUACACAAGAUUCAAGAGAAAGAUAAAUAUUUGAUUUUAGCUUCUGAUGGAUUUUGGGAUGUAUAAAAUGCUAUAAAAUAUUAGAUUAUUAAAAAUGAAGAAUUGUAAAAUUUGAUUGAGAAUUGGAAUAAAAAAGAGAUUGAUUAAUUGGCUUAAUAUCUUCUGGAAAAGGCAUCAUCGAAAAACACAAAUUAUAAAAAAGACAAUAUGACAUUGAUUAUAGUAGAUAUUCAGUCCUAUUGGAAUUGAAUAUAUUAAUAACUCUUAUUAGUUUAUUUGAUUAUCUUGUUUUCCAUUCAUCAAACUCAAUUUUAUCUUAUGGAAUAACAAAAUUAUUUGACAAAUAGACCUUAAUUCUGAAAAUCGAUUAAUAGGAAUAUCGGACUUUUGCUCAAUGGGAAAGCAGC